AACAGUACAACGAGCUGGCAGAUUCUAGAUUCGACCCUUGUUGUGAUAACACUAAAAACUGCGAUUCGCCUCCGAUUCACAUUACGUUAUAGCUAUAUCUUUGGCCAAAGUUGACACCUUUCUCCUUUGCGAACUUUGCCCCUCCCGAUCUCAAUCUCCGGCAAAAUUCAGUUUUAGUUUCCGGUCGUUUUCUCUCACGCUCUCUUUCUCCCGAGGUAGUUGUUGUUUCUAAAGUCUCAUGGCUGAGCAACAAUCAGUUGAAGGGUCAAGCACAAGCAAUGUUUCUAGUGGAAGUUCUGAAUCAACCGUGGAGCUCAAUAUCAAGACCUUAGAUUCCCAGACACAUCCUUUUAACGUGGAUAAGAAUAUGCAAGUUUCAGCCUUGAAAGACAGAAUAGCAAGUCAGAUUGGUGUACCUGUUGAGCAGCAAAGACUAAUUUUUAGGGGCAAGGUCUUGAAGGAUGAUCACCUUCUUUCGGAAUAUCAUGUGGAAAAUGGGGACACACUACAUUUAGUACUGAGGCAAUCUCAACCGCAACCUUCAUCGGUUAGCAGCACUGGACAAGCUACUACUGACAAUGUCAGCAGAGGACAAGAGUUUCAACCUUCUGCUGGAGGCUCACGGCGUGUCGGGCAGAUUUCACACAGUGUUGUCCUAGGAACUUUUAAUGUUGGAGAUCAGGGGGAAGGAGUUGUGCCUGAUCUUAGUCGGGUUAUUGGGGCAGUUUUAAACACUGUAGGGAUUGGGAACAUGACUGGUGGCCAGCUUCCUGGUGUGCAGGUCAGUGCUCCAGUUCCUCCACCUCAAGGAAAUGUGAGUCAAAGUCAGUCAGGAAGUCAGCAAUCUGGGCAGGCAUUUGCUGGUCAAUCUUUACCUCAAGUAGUUCAAAUUCCACUGGGGGCAGCAAUAGCUGUCCCCUCAAUUAAUUCGCCCAUUCCUGAUUCCUUGCACACGCUUACUGACUUCAUGAAUCGCAUGGAGCUCGUAUUCUCAGAGAACGGUUACCCGCCAAACCAGUCACCUAAUACUGCAGCAGAUUCACCUGCAGUACAGUUGCCUACAAAUUCUCAUGGCUUAUCGACUCCAGAGGCAUUGAGCACUGUUCUGCAUCAUGCAGAGCGUCUCUUUGGUGGUCAUGUCAUUGCGGCAUUAUCUCAAAUUGCAGGACGGUUGGAACGGGAAGGGGGCUCCAGUGAUCCUGCAGUAAGGGGACAGGUGCAGACAGAAUCAGUGUUAAUUGGUCAAGCAAUGCAACAUUUAGGUGCCCUUCUACUAGAGCUUGGGAGGACGAUAUUGACUCUCAGAAUGGGACAGUCACCUGCCGAAUCUUCAGUAAAUGCUGGUCCUGCUGUUUAUAUAUCUCCCACAGGGCCGAACCCCAUAAUGGUUCAGCCUUUCCCCCUUCAAACCAGUUCACUCUUUGGUGGCUCAACUGCUGUUCCCCCUAAUCCUGGCCCCUUUGGCGCUCUUGGGAUUGGUAGUGCUCCAAGGCAUGUCAAUAUUCAUAUACAUGCCGCACCUAUUAAUUCUGCAGUUGGUGCUAGGUCGACCAAUGGAGAUGGAGCACAGGGUGAACGUGGUAAUGGAACUGACUCUGGCCAAUCAAGGGCUUUGCCUGUCCGAAAUAUGAUGGCUACAGCUGUUCCACCAAGGCCUGCUGUUAUCUCAGUCUCUAGUAUGCCACAACCUGGCCAAUCAGAGAGCUCAAGUGGCCUAGAACACACUACUGUGCCUGGUGCUGUGAAUGAUACUGUAAGCACUCAACUAGGUAUCACAUCUGCAAGUGGGAUGACUGUGCCUGAGCCGCUACUGACGCACGAUUUUCCUGGAAGAGAGGAUAAAAUGGGUCAAGGUCAAUCAAGUGAAAUGUCUUUUGGUAAGCCAGAGGCCUCAGCCAGUGCGGGAGGAGCUCAAAGAUCUGGUCAGGAGUUAGGUAGUCCUGAUGAAUCCUCAUCUGUGCCCCUUGGCUUAGGGUUUGGAGGUUUGCAGCCAAAGAGACGAACUAAGCAAUCCAGACCUCAUGGAAAUAACGGUGAUGGUUCAACUAGCGACAAUCAAAAUGAACUACCUAAACGAAAUGGGCAACAAGUUUUGCAGUCUCUUGCAACGCUUGCAGCCAGGGAAAAUGACACUGCUAUGCCCUCAGGGACACACUCAGAUAGGGGAGUUACGGGGACUAUUGCCACAGGAAACCGAAAUGUUGAUGGCCCAUCAGAGAUAGUGGAUGCAAUGUCAAGUGUCCUUCAGAGUCCUGCUUUAGAUGGUUUGUUGAGUGGGGUUUCACAACAAAGUGGGGCUGGCUCUCCGGAUCUCUUGAGAAAUAUGAUGCAGCAACUCACUCAAAAUCCAGCAAUGAUGAACACUGUCAGUCAGAUCGCCCAGCAGAUUGACACCCAGGAUCUUGGAAGCAUGUUUUCCGGGCAAGGUGGUGGUAUGGACUUGUCUAGGAUGUUUCAGCAAAUGAUGCCAAUUGUCUCUCAAGCUCUUGGUGGCAUUUCAGCUAUGCCUCAACAAAUUCCUAAUAUUGCACAGAGGCCUGGUGAGAAUGCCACUAUAAGAGUGGCAACACCAACCAGUCAAAAUUUUCAGGUUUGCUCCUGUUAGCUAGCUAUUUUGUUAUAGAUA